AUGAACUCCAACAAAUUGCCUUGUCUAGAUUUUUGUGAUAUCUCUGUGUGCCCUUUGCUGCACUGCAGGAAACACAGACGUAAACUCUGGAUCGUAAGUGCUCACGGACCUACGGAAACCGCUGAGGACAAUAGUAAGGACGCCUUCUAUGAUGAACUCAAUGCGUGGAUGUCCAAAAUACCCAGCCAGCAAGUGGUGAUUGUCGACGUAAAUGCGAAGAUGGGACUUGAACAACAAUCUCAUGUGCAAAGAAAAUGGUAUUACCAAGCGCAACGCACGUCGGAUAAGGGUGACUGUCUUGUCGACUUUUGUGAACAGACGGAUCUCGCUAUCUCUUCCACGUUUAAGAAGAAUCAUCGACGCCAUCAGCUCCCGUGGCAGGGGUCAACACUUUUAACGCUUGAAGAGCAGCACAAGCGGAAGAUGAGAACUCUCAAAUUUCAGUUCGACUACGUUUUGACGAGGAACAUUCUUCAGUCAGAUAUCCAAAAAUCUAGAGCCCCUUGA